GCAACGGAGACAUUCCAUCAUUCCAUCGCUCUGCUCAAGGGCUCCAUCAGCAAUCCGUGCGAGGGAACGGAGCUAAGGAUAAGUUUCAACGAGCAGCAGGACCAACACCGGCCAUUAUCAUACUCGUACUCCGCGGAUUCCCGAUACGGCACACACACCCUGCAGCGUGCAGCGCGUCACUCGGCAAAUAGGAAUCCUCGAGUGCCUGCUAACCGGCGACUGGUGAAGGUUCCCGUGGUACACGAUAAGGCAACCCCAAAACCGGGCGACCAAUCGGGUGACGAUGGAAUGAUGAUAAACACGGGAGAGCACGCUUUACGUAGAUAAGAUUGCGGCGAGACGGCAUGUUCCCGACUGUCCAGUUGUCGUUGCGCGAUCGCAGGGGAUAGAACCCGUUUUCGUGGUGCAGCUCAGCGUACGUGAAACCCCUAGCGUGUGGCGAAAGCGUGUAUCGUAUUCGCGGGCUCAAGAGGUCGCUUACUUCUGCAUUCUCGAGAGCAGCGUGGUUGCCGAGCACGAGCUGGCAUGGCUGAAAACGACGAAGUAGCCGCUGCCAUCGCCGAUGGCAACGUGUGUGAAGCAAAGAUUCAGUUUCGGCAACUGAAAUUAUUCCCAGCGAUCGAUGAAAAUAAUAAUUUCAAAAUUAGUACAUCCGAUUUCCUCGAAUCAUCGCACCAAAUAGUGGACGCCAUAGGUUGCUUCGGUAAGCUGUUCUCACCGAUCGUUAAAGAUAUGCGACAAAAUGUGAAGAAAUUGGAAGACAAAUUCAAAACCAAUGAAACACUGUUUGCGCACAUCGAAGACUUAAUACUUAAGGACGCGGAAGGCAACGACAAUCCCUACGAUACGGUGACCGAUGGGUUGCUGUGGUUGAAAAGGGCAUUUGAAAUGAUGGAACUGUUCUUCCGCAAGGUGUUGGAAGAUGAAACGUGCAGCGAGCAGCUGAAACCACACCUUCGAAAAGCCUACGAGGAAUGUUUGCUGCCGUAUCAUGGCUUUCUGGCGCAGAAAGGAUUUCAGAUUCUUCACUUUUACGUCCCGAGUCGGACAAGCCUAUUGGGAUCAUCGGAUGCAAAUGCGGACAACUUGAAGGCGCUUGAUGAGUUCCUCUUACACUUUCGCGCCAACCUACACCACCUGAACGAUUUUUUCACCAAACAUGACCUACACCGUACUUAUAAAGCAUAGGAGGCCAGUGAUCGCAGUAGAGGAGAGACGCAUGGCAUACUAUGGUAUUUAAUAAAAUAAAUGUAAAACAGUCA